UGACGUCCACGCGCACACGCUGGGGCUGCAGAAGCCAUCUUUGACAGCUGCUGCCAUCUUUGACAACUGCCGCGUAGGGGGCCCCCACGGAGGACUCCAGGUCUCAUCAGGUGUCCAAGUUUGAGGUGACGUGCCCUCCUCGCCUGCCUUCCUAUCUGCACGCUGAGUGCGGUCCCUGACCUCCGUCAUCAUGCCUCGGAAGCACAAAACCAAGCAUCAUGCCCACGGGAAACGCCACCAGGUCCAGGGGAAAGCUCAGGAGCCCCAGGCCAGUGCUGCUGCAGCCCCAGGAGAGGAGCGCCCCUCCUCCCCCUCUUCUUCUGUCCCUCAGGGUUCUCCCCCGAGCUCCCCUGCUGCUGGCGAUCCCCAGGAGCUUCAGGGAGCCAUGGCCCCUAGCUCUCCUGAUGCAGGGCCUUCCUGCGCAGCAUCUGAUGAAGGUGCCCAGGGCCCAGAGGAGGAAAGUGCAGAUGCCGCCCAGUCAGCCCUGGUCGUUCGGAGCUUUCGCAGAGAUCCUCUGAACAGGAAGGCCAGCAUGCUGGUGGAGUUCCUGCUGGAGAAGUACAACAAGAAGGAGCCCAUCGCGCAGAUCGCCCUGAUGAAGAUCAUCAGCAGCAAGUACAAGGAGCACUUCCCUGAGAUCCUGAGGAGAGCCUCUGAGCGCCUGGAGCUGGUGUUUGGCCUGGAGCUGAAGGAAGUCGACUGCAGCAGGAACAUCUACGCCCUCACCAACAAGUUCAGUCUCGGGGUUGAGGAAGGGUCACGUGGUGAGCGGGGGAUGCCCAAGUCUGGUCUCCUCAUGGCGAUCCUGGGCAUCAUCUUUACGAAGGGUAACUGUGCCACCGAGGAGGAGGUCUGGGAUUUCCUCAAUCUGUUGGGGAUCUAUGCUGGGAGGAAUCACUCCAUCUUUGGGGAGCCCAGAAAGCUCAUCACCAAAGAUCUGGUGGAGAAGGGGUACCUAAACUACCACCGGGUGCCCAAAAGUGAUCCUCCGAGCUAUGUGUUCCUGUGGGGCCCGAGAGCUCAUGCUGAGACCACUAAGAUGAAGGUGUUGGAAGUUAUGGCCAAGAUUCAGGAUACGGUCCCGAGUUCCUUCCCAGACCUCUUUCACGAGGCUCUGAGAGAUCAGGUGGAGAGAGCAGGGCUGAGAGGCGUUGCCAUUCCUCCAGCUACGGCUGAGGCCAGUGCCCCUUCCAGGGCCAAGUCCUGCAGCUCCUCCCACAUCUAGCGAGGGGGGCAGGGCACUUUGUUCCCUUUGUGUUGGAAGAGAACAGUCCACCUCUUCGAUAGUGCAGGGUAAUAUGGGUGGAGGGAACAAAACCCAUAUAUUGUUCACAGUUCUAAGUAGUAUGGGAGUUUAGGUGCAGUUUAAACAAAAUGUGUAUGUUUUCCUUUUAUCCAUACGAAUAAUAUCUAGGCAAAAGUAGAUUAUCUAGGUAGGUAGGUAGAGGUGUUUUAUAUUUUUAAAUGUUACUACUCUUCACAAGUUUUACUGUGCUACAGAAUCUAGGUUUAUUAAUGUCAUGGAUGUCAUGUUUAGUGCUGUUAGGUUUAUGAUUACGAGUUUGUUAUUUGUAAACAACUUGAAAAGACUUCAGUAUUUUCCUGGUGGUCCAGAACGAGGCAACAUAACGUUGCAAUAGAAUUUUACUUGAAAAUGUGUAAGAAUCCUAGAGAUAAAUACUUGGGAUCACAAAGCUUUUAGAGUAAACGCUGGUUUAUUCUUCGUUUGUCUUCUCUGUCCUCUUUCCUAGUAAGAGUUAAUACCUUGGACUUAGAUUUGCUUAGCUUACUCAAACUGUAUGACACUUAAAUGAUAAUAAAAUAGAGUCUUUGCUCAUCA